ACUGCUCCAUCAUCUCUCUCUCUAUAUAUAUAUAUAUAUUAACAACUCACCUUCACAUUUUCCAAUCAGAAUAAUAACUAGUUUCUGAACUCAGUCAUUCUCCUUCAUCUUCUACACAACUUUAACUCUGGAAUACAAACUGUAUCUUUUGGAUUGAUUUUGCCUGCUCAUCACCUUUUUUCUAUCUUCAAGGCAAAAGCAAAUGGAAGGUGGAAAUGAAAGCACCAAGUCUUUCCCAUGUCAAUUCUGUUGUAGACAGUUCUACAGCUCUCAAGCUUUAGGAGGACAUCAAAAUGCACAUAAGAAAGAGAGAUCAGCAGCAAGAAAAGCAAAAAGGACAGCGGCUAACAACGUUCAAUGCGGUUCUUUGAUUCAACAACCUCCCUUGUUGUUUGCUCCAACAAAUCAUAUUGGGAUUCUUAAUCCAUCGCUUUAUAUUACUGCACAUGCAGCAGCAGCUAAUUUCUGCCAACAGUUUGGAUCUGAUAAUAUUAUGUUCUAUAGAAGCAACUACAUCAAUCAGAAACCUUAUUAUAAUCAAGAAGAUGAAGAUCAAAGUUUCUUGAAUUCACCAAGAGAUGUGUUUGUGAUGAGUGACAGUAAAGGUAUUGUUAAGGAUAAAGAUACUCAAAAGCUUGAUCUUUCACUCCAUUUAUGAAUGGAUAUAAGUUUCCCAAAACGGACAUAAGAAUCUUGAUUUUAUGUUGGAAAAAGGAAGAAACUUUUCCAAAUUCUUUGUUUUUUUCCAAAUUUGGCAUGUUUUGGGAUUUCAGUUUUUUGUUUCUUAAAAUAAGUGAGGAAUUUUGAGGAAGGAGUAUGUAGUAAGAGAUAGUGUACUGUAGUGUAUCAGGAAAACAUGUUUGCAUUUUGGAGAAUAAUUUGAUAGAUUUCAUUUCAUCAUUUAU